GUUGGGACGUAUGACAAAAACAUAAUUAAGCUACUAAAAUCAUAGUUCUUCCUGUAAGUAACCGGCAUAAAAGUACUGAACGAAAUCAAUAAAUUGCGGUCCAGAGAAAAACAAAAUAAAAAUAGUUUAUAUACCAAAAAGUGUACAGGAUUUUCUAACGUAUUACCGCCACACUAGGCUAGGCCUGUCACAUGGUAAUUAAAAUUUACAAUCACUCAUUAUCCGAAUGGAAUGCUUUCUUUUCUAGGUUAACGUUCUCAAGUUAUUUGGGUCCCCCAUUUCAUAGCAACAUUAUUACUUGUUAUUUAAUGCUCGGAGCUUAAGUACUAAACCCCUUAUUCAUAAACGUCUACUAAAGUUGACAAGCCGCUAAUAAUCGUUUGUCGCUUUCCGACAUAUUGGUAUGAUGGAAAGGGACAAACGAUUAUUAGCGGCUUGUCAACUUUAGUAGACGUUUAUGAAUAAGGGGGUAAGAUAUCACUAUGUACUACUAAAACGGGAAUAAAUACGCAUACUGGUAAUUUAAACACAGGGCCAAGAGACCGGAAAAUACUGGUACCGGGUCUUCAGUGACGGUUCUUUCAACACUUUAAAAUUCCCGGGAAUUUAUUAAUAUCCCGGGAGCAUGCUCAACCCGCUCCCCUCUAAGAUAAUAUAUGAUCUUUUGCUUGUUCUGCACGCAAUAUCUAAAAAAAAACCUUUAUAAUCUGCCUAUUGUGACGAACGGCUAUCAAUGGAACCCUACACUCUUGGCUGUAUUUUUUUAAUUUAUCCCCACGAUCGUUAUAAGCAAUGAUCUGUGAAAAACAUCGAUUAAUCGAUAAGCAAAGCUGGACAACUAUUUUACGUCAAGAAAUAAUGGCAGUACGACUAUUAAUUGUAAUAUGUGGCUUGAAAUUAGUUAUUGGAAAACAAGAAGGUUUCAUAGUCGGAGGUGAUUAUGUUCAAUCUGUUACAGACUACCCUCAUGUCGCUCUUUUGUCGAUAGUUAAAAAUGACGGUUCUGAAAGUUUUUGUGGAUCGUCCAUAUUGAACCAAAUCAUUUUAUUAACUGUUGCUCACUGUUUUGAUGACGUCGUGAGAGCAACAGCACUUGCGGGAAGCUUAGAUAGGAAGAAGGGAAAACUAUACCGCAUUGACCGCUACCGGCAGCACAAACAAUGGCAAAUUAAAAAUGUCAUUAAUGACAUAGCCUUAGUCAGGCUGAAAAUACCGUUGUCAUUCGGAAAGACAGUGAAGAGAGUGAUAGUAAUGAAGAACCCGCCAAAAGCAAUAAUAGCAGAAGUGGCUGGUUGGGGCGCAACUGACGAAGAUUACUUGAGUGAAACAAAUCUACUUAAGCAUACAAAACAGAAGCUAUGGAGUAAUAAAGAAUGCAGGGAAGUCUUGCCCAAAGCGCCCCAAGGAACUAUUUGUGGCGGUGAAAGAAGAUCAAAGAAAGAUUUCGCUUCUAAUGGAGAUUCUGGUAGUGGCCUCGUUGUCAACAAAAAUUUUAUUAUCGGGCUAGUCUCCUUCAAACUAAACACAGUUUCGCGCAGUCUGGUGGUCUACACGCACGUCCCAUACUUCUACGAUUGGAUUUUCGUCGAAUCAAAACGAUUAGCAUGCUCUGAAUAAAGAAGAAGAAAAGUGUGGGUCUGUUUAUUUAUAGUCUUAUUAAAUUAAAUUAAGUAAAAACAUGAUAGUUACUUAUAUUGAACCGUACCAAUUCAUAAUAAAUGAUUAUUAAUUUUUAAAUACUUUAGUGUAAAAUCAGUAAAAAAUUAAGUAAAACGUGCUAUUUAUAUUAAAUCCAUAAUGUAAUGAUAAGAUAAGAAGAAUUUAUUAGAACAAAAAGAACAUAAAUCAUUAUACACAAAUUAAUAUAUAAAGGAACAGAAAAUUGUGCUAGAAGUUCUUCCCUCAGCUUGAUGCUACGAAGUGAGUCCCAGCUAGGAAUGAACAUUAGUUUUUAAAUCAAGCAAA